UGGAGGAGAUUGAACAAUGAGCAAUUAAUCAAUCACAUUAAGAAAUUAACUUGCUUUCAUAGUUUUCACAUAUUUGAAGUGACAUCAUGAAUAUGGAGGGGCAGAAGAAAAACAAGAGGGUGGCUGUUUUGGUGGGUUGCAAUUACCCCAACACUAGCAAUGAAUUGCAUGGUUGCAUAAACGAUGUGUUGGCAAUGAAGGACACGCUGGAGAAGCGCUUUGGGUUUGAUCCCUCUAACAUUGAGCUUCUCACUGAUGCACCUCACUCUUCUAAUAAAUUGCCCACUGGUGCUAAUAUUAAGGAGGCACUGGCUAACAUGGUUGAUGGAGCUGAAGCUGGGGAUGUGCUCUAUUUUCACUAUAGUGGACAUGGAACAAGGAUCCCUUCCAAGAAACAUGGCCACCCCUUCCGCCAUGAGGAAGCCAUUGUGCCUUGUGACUUCAAUCUCAUCACUGAUUUGGACUUGCGGCAACUAGUGAACCGGGUGCCAAAGGGUGCAAGCCUCACAAUCCUCUCAGACUCAUGCCACAGUGGAGGCCUAAUAGACAAAGAGAAAGAACAAAUAGGACCAUCCUCAUCAACUGAAAAAGAUUCCACAUCAAAACCAAGUUGCAGCACCCCAAAGGCAAUCCCAUUUGAGUCCAUAAUGCAGCAACUCUCAUGGCUAACAAAAGUGAACACAACAGACAUUGGCACCCAUCUGCUGGAGCUCUUUGGCUCAGAGGCCAGCCUGAGGUUCCGGAUUCCGGCGCCGGACCUCGAUCUGCUGGAGCCACUGAGGCCUGAUGAGGGGAUUCUGCUGAGUGGCUGCCAGGCUGAUGAGACCUCUGCUGACAUGAACCCCAAUGUGGCCUGCGGCCAGAAGGCGUAUGGAGCCUUCAGCAAUGCGGUUGAGAUGGUGCUGAGGGAGAAUUCGCCUCUGCUAAGCAAUAGAGACCUUGUCAUAAGGGCAAGGAAGAAGUUGGAGACUCAAGGGUUUCAGCAGCAUCCUUGCCUCUAUUGCAGUGAUGAGAAUGCUAAUGCUAGUUUCUUGUGUGAGAUGUUUAAUACAUAGUUUGAAUCAAGAAUAUCGACUGUCACAACUUGUUAAUUAUAUUGUUCUAUGAAUUUUAUGGGGAAUAAGUGGAAAAUCUUUUAUCAUGUAUUAUUA